AUGUCGAUUCAGUGUCAUACUACCGUUAAGGUUCGGAUUAUCGGUAAUAACGGUAGAAAGAAGAAGAGGCUGAAUCUUUAUAUCGGGCCAAAUCAGACGAAGCUCAAGCGAAAUCUCUGGCCGUACGCGCCAGAAACAUCAGCGACCGCUUCCGGCCGGUUCCAGGUUCCCUUUCCAGGUGCACUGCGACGUUGCAGCUCGGUGCACCGGGUCAAACAAGAGCAUUCGGUGAAGGAAGAGGACAGCUCUCGCGUGGGGAGGAUGCGCGGAGAGGCGGUUCCGGCGAAAAAAAUUAAUUGGGCGGAUAAACGGCCGAUUACUCCUUUUCGAUGGUCGACGGACAUCCGCGCCUCACAGGAUUUUGUUUCGUACACGGCUGGAAUUAGGGAGCGGUUACAGGUUACAGACAUUGCUGUAUCAUCUUUUUUUCUCUCUCGGUAAUGAUUAUAAUAACGGUGUGUGUUCUCUUGUUCUCUGCAAAAUACCGUGCUUGUAUACCAUUUCCAAAAUCUUCUCCCGUUCAACGAAGAGAAAAUCGUAUUGUCUACAAAGUACAUAUUUCAACACAUCUUUCUGAGUCUAUCGAAUUUGAAAAUUUCUUUUUUCACAUUGGUAAUGGAAUCGUGACUUUCCUAACAGGAUAUUCCAUUCGUAAUCGCAAAGUAUAUAAUUCAUUAUGUUGAUCCCACUGUUCAUCCGUUGAAAUUAAAAGCGAUAUCAAAUCGAUCUUCGCGCAGUUCUUUCUCUGCGGAAAUUCGUUCGAAUUACCCGAACAGAAGCUAAAUGCCCCUCGUCUAUAUACACGUAAAUCGUCUAUCGCUUUCCCAUUUCUAAACCGCCGAUGCGGGCAUCGAUUCGACCCUAAUAACCGGAAUAAUUCCAGCCACCUCGUGAAAGCGACCGCUUAAUGCACCUAUUUAUCGGAUUGACUUUUUUCUCUCUCUCUCUCUCUC